AAACUUAUUUUGGCUCAUCUGUCACUUUACGCGCAUUGGCACCAGCACGAGUAUUCAUUUGUACGCAACGAGUUGACGGGCGUGCAGUUUUCCGAUUCCUACUGCCUACUUAACUUAUACUUAGUGAAAACACUCAUUGUUAGUUUGCAAUUUCAUUCCAAGAGAGAAACCCAAAAGUUGAUAAAAUAUAAAAUGUCGUCGAUUGCGAAAGGUUCUAGUAAAUUUGCACAGAAAGCAGGUUGCCUGAAAAACUUGGCAGCAAUUUUCUUCGAUUUGGAUAAUACUUUGAUUCCGACACGGAAAGGUGAUUCGAAGGCCUGCAGAAAGCUGGUCGAAAUUCUCGAAAAGCAACAUGGAAUACCACGAGAAGAGGGCGAACAAAUAACAGAUAAAUUUCUACAAUCGUUUCGUUCGUGCCCGGAUAAUGCACAAACAACGUUGGACUCAUGGAGGUCUUAUUUGUGGUGCCAAGCAUUACCUGCCAAUUAUCAACACUUAAGCGAUGUAAUUUACAAAAAUUGGUUACAAUUACGUUAUCGCUAUUUAGCAUUAACAACAGAAUAUGAAAAUAUGCUUAAGAAACUUAGUAAAUUUUAUCUUUUGGCAUUGAUCACAAACGGACCAUCAAAUGGCCAAUGGGAAAAGAUCAAUAAAUUGAAUAUAAGUCAAUAUUUCGAUUGCAUCUUGGUAUCAUCUGAUUUACCAUGGGAGAAACCAAAUCCAAAUAUAUUUCUAGCUGCAUGUAACAUAUUGAAUGUGAAGCCGCAACAAUGUUUAAUGAUUGGCGAUAAAAUUCAAACGGACAUCCAGGGUGGUAAGGAAGCAAAUUUGGGUGGAACAGUAUGGAUACCAAUCACAAAUGACUACGAUGCCAAUAGCAUAACGCCUAGACCGGAUGUGAUCGUUAAGAAUUUGCUAGAGAUCUACAACUUUCUGCCGACUACCAAUGUUUCUGCACUUCGCAAUAAUUCCGAACGAGCUGCUCAUGGAAUGGAUGAUAGUGACGACGACGAUGCAGCCCAUUGCAGCUCACGUCCGCAACGAAGUCAAAGCCAGUCGACGAUAACAUCAGGCGCUUCUUCGUCCCGGAGGGUAUCCCAACAGUAUCGACGCCAAGUAUCUUUUUCAGCAGUCGAUUUCAAUGAUAGUAGCUGCGACUGCAGCUGAGACUAUCUGGACAAUUAUAACGAUGAUGACAGUGUAUGGUGACGUAAAAUGUGUGGAGAUUACAUUUGAGUAAGGAAUCAUAUUACAUUUUUUGAGAGGUUUGAACAAAGUGCCAUACACUUACUUACAUUUUAUUGAAUGGCUAUUUAAAGUAGACAAGAAUUUAGAAUUAUCCUUGCAUACAAAAUAGAGGCUCAUAUUAAACAAAAAAAGAAUAAAAUAAUCGACACAGUUCUGAUGAUGGUAUUUUUACGUAGGAUAGUUUUGUAGCUUCUAUAGAUCCAAAUUAGCUGUUAGAGUUCAUUCAGUUUUUUCUAUCGGGUUCAAUUCGGCACACUACAAAGUGCUCAAAACAUGUUUAUUUAUAAUCUUAACGCGAACGGUAAAUCCAGCGAACUUAGUCUCGAUCUCUCACUAAUUAGAUUAAGAACUUUUCUGGUGCUCACAUGAAACUACUUUUUCAAGUAAAAUUUCUAAAAACUUCAUCUUUCUGGAUGAUUUUAAAUAUAUUUGACUAAACAGAGUAUGUAGCGCAUAAACAGUACAUACUAUCGAAAACUACCACAGUACAAGAAAAUAUACAUAUGUCUUAUGAGUGAUUGCUUCCACUCAAAUUAGAUACUGAGCAAGCAUCAUUUGUUUAUUUUUCUAAGAAUGAAAGAAAGAAACUGAGAGAAUUUAGCCAUAAGAACUAUAUUUUUAUAAAACGUUUGAAUCUCUGGAAUGUGACUGUAAUUGAAAACAAAAAAAAAUAUGUAAAUAAACACUUCCAUUUGUUUUUACUCACACGCGAUACGCGCUGGACGCAUUUAAUCGGAAUCUCGUGAGUAUUUUCGCAUUCAUCAAAACCAAAUCUCCUGAUUAUUUGUAUGUUUAGCACUUGAGGAACUCCGUUCAAACAUCUUUGUCAUUUUGAGAGAACUGCUGUCGUUUAGUUGAAACUCGAAUUGGUUCAAAGGCAAAUGCUUCUUUAUUGGGGAGCUUGCAUCUAUUAUCGGUCAUAAAGUUCGAAUUGUUGUUCUCGAGCUCUAUACCAUUGUCAAAAAAAUUAACUGAUAGAAGUAAGUUUGAGUUUUUGUUAAAAUGGAAUUAUGAAUGAUUUGUUUGGUAUAUAUUUGUGCUAUGCGAGUGAGGAUAGCUUUUAUUUCCUUUUUUGUAAUGUUUGUUACUUGAAGUUUAGCUUAGAUUAGUUUAGUUUUGUUUUGGUAUUAUGGAUCAAAAGUACUGGUUACCUAAUGAUAGUGAAAGAUGUACCUAUUUCAAUUGAUAAUGAAAUAUUUUUCUAAUAUUGAAUAAAUAAAGGGAAUAAGAAUUGAUAAAAAUGAGUUCAUAAGAUUAGUGAAGCAAAAUAAAGAAUAUUUUAGGAUG